GGUGAUUUCUGGUUUACAAAAGAAUUCGAGAAACAAAAUAAUGUGACAGAAACAAGUCCAAUGCAGCAGAAUAUCAUUACAGAAGAAGAAAUACAAAAACCACUAGUACAACAAUUGAUUUUAAGCUUGGAAACAAUCGAAAUUAAACUUGAAGUUGGAUUAGGUUCAGUUACAAAAUCUGUUGUAGCUAUGUGUCUAUCAAAUUUAACUACUGAUAUUGAAAAUUGGUCGUCGAAAAUGAAUGUGACAUCAAGCGUAAAUAUUGAAGCAGCAUUAUACAAUGAACAUACACUUACUUGGGAACCACUUAUUGAACCAACAAUGGAUUCCGAUGGUUUACGUUUUAUACCAUGGUCGCUGACAUACACUGUCUCAUCUACUUUUCCAUCGUCAAAAUCUAAAACAGUUAUACUUCUAUGUUUUGAUCAAUUACUCAAUAUAACAAUGACAAAAAGUGGAGUGGAACUUCUUCAACGUUUAUCAGCUUUAUUUAAUGAUGUUUAUAAUAAGCGACUGCCACCAAGUGAUGAUGAUGAUGAUCAACCGAUGUUAUCUUUAUUGAAUCAAACAGGACAAAAAAUAACUAUUAGUAAUUUAGAUGGUCUUCAAUUCACUAAUGAUUUAUCAAUAAAAUCAAUUACUCUUCAACAAAAUGAUAGUAUUCCAUUAAAUAUUUGGUAUGAACAUCAAACAUUUGGACGACUUUCAGUUAUUGAUGAACAAAAUCGUCAACGAAGACGAGAAUUUUCUGUUCAAACUGGAGAUGUCAAAAAAACAGUUAGUAUAAAUCGAACAUUGCAACAAAAUGAUCGUCGACGUAUUAUUCUUAGUUCAAUCGUUCGAAUUUAUAAUCAUACAAAAUUACCAUUACUUAUCUUAAAUACUGAUCCAAUGAAUUCGAAAAAAGAUGAACAAGUAAAGAAUUUCUUUUCAUUCGAUUGGAAAAAAGAAAUUUUGACUGAAACAAAAUUAAAAUUAAAAAAUGGAAAACAAGCAGACUUUAUUGUUUUUAAAGAAACGAUGGAUGCAUAUUCAGAAAAUACUGAUGAAUUGGGUGGUUUUAGUUUCAAUAUUUAUAUUCAACCAGCACUUCAUCUAACAAGUCUUUUACCAAUCGAUGUUGAAUGUUCAAUUGAUAAUGUUGAACAAUUUGAUUUGAAACCAAGUGAACUCUAUUUAGCUACAUCUGGCAGUAAAACUUCGUCAUUAAUUUUCACUAUUCCAUCGUAUGAUAAUAUAAAAUGGAUUUCGGAUCCGGUUGAUUUGAAAGUUCAAGGAUAA